AAUCGCGUUCCUCACGUAUCACGACAAAUUCACCGAUUAACGAUAUCGUACCACAGUCGCCAAACGAGGCUACCUUCUAUCGCCUGCAGACAACUUAGGCAUCACUACUCUAAUAUUGAAUUGGCUCAACCUCUCCGGAUAUCGACCGCUGCCACACAGAUAUCUAUUCCUGAUAUACGACACUCUUCGCGAUCGCAUACCACGCGCAUCAUGACGUCCAAUCUUUUGGGCACGGCGACGUCGACGCUCACGCUCCCGAACGAACUCGCUCUCGUCGUAAUCGAUCAUCUCCAAAACAACAACAAGGCACUAUGCGCUCUCGCUCGGACAUGUCGCGAUAUGCAACAUCUCGCAGAGGAGCGACUCUACAAAACCAUCGAGCUUCUCUCCGUGAAUAACCUCCACGCUAUCAUCGAAGCCCUCACAUCGCGUCCUGAACGCGUCCGCGCGGUACAAAUACUCAAGAUCUUGUAUCAGUACAAAGACUCCGAUUUGAAGGAGAGCGCCGAGAUAAGGACAACCUUCAACGAGUGCGUGCCUCGUAUGGUCAAUCUGAGGGAGUGGCAUAUUGAGAGCCCGUACGACAACUUCCAUUGGGAGAAUGCUGGUGGAGAGGCUUGGGUCCAUGGCGAUAUGCAACGCUUCCGCCGUGCGCUCGACACAGCUUGCGUGGAGGGCCCAAUAGAGGCGGACAAGAUCACAGCUGAGAGGCGCUUAGGAAAGAACCUCGAGCGGACAGUUGGGCUGGGUCUUCUUGAGAGCUUGACCAUCCACUCGCAUGGUGCUGAUACCGACUUCUGGAACCUUGAUGGGUUCCAUUGCCUCUUCCGACACCCCGCACUCAAGCACCUACACGUCUCUUGCGUGGCCUUCCCAAACUCGGAAAUCCCAGAGCUCGCGACACAUACGAAGAAGACUCCGCUGACCUCGCUUGUUUUUGACGAGUGUGAGUUGCAACCCAAAAGCUUGCUCAGCAUCCUUCGCACUCCGGCGCGUCUGAAGUCGUUGACUUUGGGGGAGAAUGUCUUCAACGUUAACGAGUCGAGGACGGUCAAGCCUCUAUUAAACAAAGACGCAGGUGGAUCGCUGAAGGCUCUCUCCACAGUCGCGCACUCGCUUGAAAGCCUUACACAUCUCAACCCUGGCUGGCGUGUUGACAAAAGCCCUCAAGUGCUCCGCAGCAUACGCCCGACGGGUGAUGGUAUGCGCGACUUUCACCUCUUAAAAUACCUGGAAUGCGACACCAAUUCCUUCUUACAUAAGGCUGUUAUCAUGAACCGCGACCUGGCGCCCCCUAGCCUAGAAACACUUCGUAUUCGUCGGCAUUGGGAUGUUCCGGUCGACUUCUGGGACCAGCCCCCUGACUUCGAUCACUAUGCCGCUUUGUCAUCUCUGGAUACACUCGAGUUAUUACAGUCAUCUUAUAUGUGGCUCGACCUGGCAGAGGCUGAGUACAUCUGCGACGAGGAACGUCUCCGAAAUCGCCACGCAAAGGCGCACAAGCUGUACAAGGCUGGCAUCAACCUGAAGAUGUCAUUAGAACUGCACAAAAGCAAAAGCUUGAUACCACCGUACCUGUACAAAGAGCGCGUUCCUAUUAUCGAAUGCUUGUACGAUGCGAGCAUGGUCGGAUUUCAAAGUCUCGUCAGGAACGAAGUGACCGAUGAGAACCUAGAUACGACUGAAGAGCUUGUGAAAGAAGAAGCUGAAACGGACCAACUAAGCGAUGUGGAUAUCAGCCUGUUAAGGUCAAAGACGCGACGUCUUACGCUUUCCAUCAAGCAUCAACUCGUGAACCGCGGCCGCCGACUCGCAGCAUUCAGGGACAUAUUCGGCUCGGAUGAUGGAAGUGAAGAAUCGGCCGAUAGCGAUGAGGAUUUUGAGGUCGAUGAUCUUGAUGAGGAUGAUGAUAUGGAGCUCGACCUUGAGCUAGACAACGAUGUCGUUGAACAGUAUAUCGACGAAGACGGCAAUCCUGUAUUUGACGAGGACGGCAACCCUGUAUUCGAGGACGAUGGAGAGCUUUUCACAACUGUGUGGGAGACAGCUACUGAUGACGAGUUUGAUGACGAUAUGGAUGAAGAUGAAGACGAAGACGACGAUGACGAGAUGCACGACGCAGUGGAAAGCCAACAACUGCCCGCCAACACCAACAACGACGUUGACUAAGCAGUCUUGGGAGAAUGAUAGCUGUUCAUCUUUGACUCGACUGGUCUGCACGCGACUGAAAUAUUACAUUCUUCGGGUAUCAUUGGCACUCAAACAUAGUUUUAAUA